UUGUGGCGUUGUGGUGUGGCUGGUUGUGCAAGCGUGAUUAGUCAUCCCUGGCUGCCAUUUUGUGCUGUGCAACUUCGACUCCCCAAGACUCGGCGUGCACUAAUCAGGAAGGGUGUGUGAGCCGUUAAAACUACGUAAAUCUCUUUUCGUUACGGAGCCCCAGUGACCCGUGUAGUUCUUGUAUUUUCAGUUCCAAGCGAGUGCUAACGCGUAUGAACGCCGCUGGAAGAGACAAGAUCACCGUCCGUAUCUCGAACAUGAAGCGUAGUACCGACCGCGACACGCCGCCGCCGCGCGGUAAGCGUUCGCGCUCCAGUAUGGGCCGGUACGACGAUUCAUCGGACGAGCGGAUGACACCAGAGAGAAUACGCCGUCGCGGAAGUCGCGGGCGAUCACCAAGCCCACGCGCCCGCUACGCAGCGUCACCGCAUCGUGAGGAAUACAUGCGUCCACCAGAUCGUCCAUAUCCAUACAAGGUGCUCUGCGUGAGCGCGCUCCACCCGAAAGCCAGCGACGAAGUCAUCAAGGACACAUUAUACAGAGAGUAUAAAAAGUUUGGAGACCUCAGUAUUCGUCUUACUCACGACAUGGACGAGCGGGUUGCAUACGUUUGUUUUCGUAACCCCGAAGACGCACGGGAUGCGAAACACGGUAAGCCACGGGUUAUCAUCUACGACAAAGUUGCAUUAGUCGAAGCCGUCUACGAGGUAGCAGCAGCGAGAUCAUCCAACGACAUGUAUCGAGGACGACCAAGAUCCAUCAGUCCAGAAUACGACCGCGCUUAUCAAUACGCUCGUAGUCCUGACAGAAUGCCGCGUAUGGAUAGGUACGAAAGAGGUUACGGACAUCCACCACCAGGUGUCCCGAUGCAUCGGGAAUAUCGUCGUGAGGCGAUGCCUGCACCUCAUCAUGAAUACAUGGCGAGACCGCCAAUGCACCACGGUCCACCGCAUAUGCCACCUUCGCAUCACGGUGGAGGUGGGCAUCAUGGAGGCGGCGGUGGUGGUCAUGGUGGAUAUGGACCACCUAGAAAUAUGGUUCCACGCGCACCCUACGAGAAACAAGAGAACAAAAAAGAUAAAUUCCCUAAUUAUCUUCAUCAUGUACAACCGGAAGACGAUCCAUUGGCGACGAGGACAUUAUUCGCAGGUAAUUUAGAGAUAAACAUCACCGAGGAGGAGCUGCGACGUAUUUUCGGCAGAUAUGGCACUGUCGAGGACAUCGACAUCAAGCGGCCGCUGCCCGGAACAGGUAAUGCAUUCGCAUUCGUACGGUUUCAAACGUUGGACAUGGCGCAUCGCGCGAAAGUCGAGUUAUCCGGUCAAUACAUCGGUAAAUUCCAAUGUAAAAUUGGCUAUGGUAAAGCUACACCCACCACGAGAAUCUGGGUAGGUGGCUUAGGCCCAUGGACGUCUGUAACACAACUCGAAAGAGAAUUCGACCGCUUCGGCGCGAUCAAAAAGAUUGACUAUAGUAAAGGUGAUCUGCAUGCGUUUAUCCUCUACGAUAGCAUCGAUGCCGCUCAAGCGGCUGUGAAAGAAAUGAGAGGAUUUCCACUAGGUGGACCAGAUCAUCGUCUACGGACUGAUUUCUCCGAUGUCACUCCUGUGGCGCCAUACAGACCUAAAACCUAUGAAGAAGGAGGUGAUUUUCCACGUCGUGCACCUGGAGAUUUUGAUACACCUGCGUACGGCGAGGCCGGUGAAAGCAGAGCGUCGUAUUCACGAUACGACCGCAAACCUUACUCUGAACGUAGGGCAAACAGCCGUGGAUGGUUCCCAGAGGAAGACGAAUGGGGCCGGACACGCCCCGCUGACGCGGAUGGUUUUGACCGACGUCGCUCGGCAUCAAGAGGAGAUAGAUCCCGAUCUAGAUCACCACAUAGAUCAAUGGAUUCUGACUCAGAUUCUGGAUCAAGAAGAGCUGGUUUAUUGGCAACCAGUCGAACACUACCCGAAGUAGCAAGGAAAUGUUCAACAACAUGGCAGGGAGCUUUGAUUCUGAAGAAUUCUCUCUUCCCAGCCAAGUUCCAUCUGAUUGAUGGUGACACCGACAUUGUGGAUGGCCUCAUGAAAGAUGAGGAAGGCAAACACGCGUUGCGCAUUACGCAGAGAUUGAGAUUAGACCAGCCGAAGCUCGAGGAUGUCCAGAAACGGAUUUCCAGCGCUAGCUCGCAUGCUAUCUUCCUGGGUCUGGCUGGAUCUACAGCAUCUGUGAGCAAUGAUGAUGCCAACGUGCAGACGCGUCCUCUGCGCAAUUUAGUUUCGUAUUUGAAACAGAAAGAAGCAGCUGGCGUAAUAUCUCUGCUUAAUAAAGAAACCGAAGCGACAGGAGUAUUAUACUCGUUCCCACCGUGUGCGUUUUCUACAGAAUUAUUGAAACGCACCUGUCAUAAUCUACCCGACGAUGCUCUCAAGGAGGACCAUCUCGUUAUAGUCGUGGUACGUGGUGGUACUGCGUAAAUCUCUAGCACCCCGGUUGUAUCAACUGCGAACGCGCGCAACGCUAUAUAGGUAUUUAAGUUGGGUAGCGAUAAGAUUUUUAAGUAUUUUUCUUAUUUCAGGAGAUUAGUGAAGUCGCGAAGAAAGAUAUGAGGGCAAAAAUAACCUAAUCUGAUUGUAAAGUUUCUAGUUAUCGUUCGAAGAGAGACGGAACCGAUUGACGCAAACAAUAUUCAGUUCAAGUUAAGAUGACGAAAAGUUUUAAAGUUACAGUUUGUGCGCUAUAAACAAAAAUUACGUAAAUAAUUCUAUCGUGUGGUGUGUACAAAGUGUCAAGUUUUGUUGGUUUUUUCUUCUUCUUUAAAUUUGUUUACAUAAUUUAACUCACGAUUGACGCGAAGAGGUUUAGUUCAGUUUUGUUUGUUAUAAACAAAUGUUCAGUAUGUAGUGGAACGAACACAGACAAAAAAAAGAUGUUCAGUAGUGUUUCUAAAAAUAAUGAAAAAGAAGCGAAACGUUUCUCACGAUGGUAGUGCGUAACAAAAUGACGGUGCUGUUUGAUACUAGUGCGCAGAGUUGCUGAAGAAUUCGUUCUGUGUCGAAAACACUUGAUUUGUGUACGAAAAGAAACCAAAAACAAAUGUGUAACGAAAAGAAAUAUGCCGUGCCUAUAGUGAGGUGCAUGUGAUGUGCGUUCAAAGUUAGGUUUGGAUAUCGAAUUUUGAUAUAUAAAAACGCGCGUUCCAAAAGUGUUGUGAUGUUAAUCUCCGUACAAACAGUUCAGUUAUUACGAAGUUCUUAUGAAGUCGAGCGCUUGAUCGUGUUGUGUCAUCAUGUGAACUCUUUCGGCCAAACCAAAUCAAAAUAAUCCGCGCAAAAGAGAGAAAAGUUUUGUUCAUGUGCAAAUUGUGCGCGACAUGGUGAUGUUUCUAGCAUUUGCUGAUUCUAUAGAUUGCGAUGAAUCUUGUGUGUGCAUUUUUUCAUUCAUAUUGCUUUUUAGUUCUUUGGUGCUUUCCAGAUGCGCCGCGGAGUAUUAUUUCCCGACACUUUUGGGACAGCCAUCGGUUUUUGUCUCAAAAUUCACACUCACAGUAAUAAUUCGAUCAUUGGCACCCUGCUCUGUGUUGCAAGUGUUACAGGAAACUUACAGUGAGCCGGUGAUGAACAGCCAGUCGUCGUCGGAUGUUGCAUGGAAUCGUCGCGAACGGGAAUAAUAUUUAUAUCGCUUUCUUUCACAGACACAUAAUAAUGUUUGUUUCAUUUAGCAUCAUCUCAACGAUUCCGCGCAACAUUCGACGCGGUAUUAUCAGUGUUUAUAGGAAACAUCUUAUAUUUUUUAUAUUUCAAAUUUACCAUUAAUUAUUAAAACGUGAAUGUAUGAACGCAA